CAGCAUUCUUCAAUUUCACUAACUCUGUAGUGAUUUUCAAGACUCUCCAAUUAUUCUUGGGAUUACAGCAUAUGAAGAAAUCAGAAUUUGUCCUAAGUGAAAGCUCUAGAACAGGUAAGAAAUGAUACUGCUGCCAUUGAAGAUGUUGAGAACAUGAUUUACAGAACGGUGAGGUUUCUCCCAUGGAUGUGGUGAAAAGACAAAGUUCAAUACAGCAUCACUGAAGAAAAGAGACAAGAACAACACCAUGAAGCAGGAAGCACAUCAUCCCAAUAGCACAUACCCACAUACCAGUUUUGCUGCUAUCUAUGGCAACCGUAUCGGAGACUUCCCUGCUUAUCAAAACUUCACUUUCCCUUUCAACUUCAGCUACAGUGACUAUGAUCUGCUCUUGGAUGAUGAUGAUGAUGUGACCAAGACUCGCACUUUCUUUGCUGCUAAAAUUGUCAUUGGUGUGGCACUGGCUGGCAUCAUGUUGGUCUGCGGUAUUGGCAACUUCAUUUUCAUUGCUGCUCUCAUCCGUUAUAAGAAGCUGCGGAAUCUCACCAAUCUUCUCAUUGCAAACCUGGCUAUUUCAGACUUCAUUGUGGCCAUUGUUUGCUGUCCAUUUGAGAUGGACUAUUAUGUGGUGCGCCAACUAUCCUGGGAGCAUGGCCACAUCCUCUGUGCAUCCAUCAAUUAUUUGCGCACCGUUUCCCUCUAUGUUUCAACUAAUGCACUCUUAGCUAUUGCUAUGGACAGGUACCUUGCCAUUGUUCAUCCAUUGAAACCUCGGAUGAAUUACCAAACAGCAACCUGUCUCAUUGCUUUGGUGUGGAUCGUCUCCUUGGUCAUUGCAAUACCAUCCGCCUAUUUUGCAACCGAGACUGAACUGUUCAUGAUAAAAAACCAAAAGAAGUUUUUCUGUGGACAGAUUUGGCCAGUUGACCAGCAGAUGUAUUACAAAUCCUACUUCCUUUUCAUCUUUGGUGUCGAAUUUGUUGGACCGGUCUUCACCAUGACCCUCUGCUAUGCCAGGAUUUCACAGGAGCUUUGGUUUAAAACUGUGCCGGGCUUCCAGACAGAUCAGAUCAGAAAAAGGCUUCGUUGCAGAAGGAAAACUGUCCUGGUGCUCAUGUGCAUCCUAACUGCCUAUGUUCUCUGCUGGUCACCCUUCUAUGGCUUCACAAUCGUCCGUGACUUCUUCCCCAUUGUCUUUGUGAAGGAAAAGCAUUACUUGACCGCUUUCUACAUAGUGGAAUGCAUCGCCAUGAGCAAUAGCAUGAUAAAUACCAUGUGCUUCGUGACAGUCAAGAACAACACCAUGAAAUACUUCAAGAAGAUUAUGCUGCUUAGGUGGAGGUCCACCUACUAUGGAUCCAAGGCUAGUGUAGAUAUGGACCUCAGAACCAGCGCAAUGCCCAUCACUGAGGAGGUGGACUGCAUUAGACUAAAAUGAAAUCUUGACAGAUAUUAGUCUCACAGCCAAGAUUCUAUAGCCUCAUUCACUCACUGCUUUGCUUUCUUCUUUUUUUCAAUGUGUCAACAUUUACCAGGGAAGUUGCUGUCCAGCAGAGCACAG